UGAAUGUUAAUUUCUUGAUGCUGAUCGGAGUCAAUGGUACCUUUCUUGCUGGAGAGGGCAGAGCACCACUCUGAUAAUCUAUCUAUUCAAAAAAAGAUGGCUUCCUUGAUCACUUUAUUCACCAAAUUUAAGUCUUAUCAUGCCUCCUUUGAUUGAGCUUUACCUCUUUUUCCGAUCUGUAAGAUCUGAAAUAUCUUCACUUUAUUUCAUUUUCUCCGGAGUCUCUGGUUGCACAUCUCCUUUUUCGAUAUCUGUAUAAACACAACAUAACAUAUUUGGGAAGAUUUAAUAUUUGUGAGGCAAAAAGAUAACUGAAAUGUAUCCAGGAACGCCCUUCCGGUCUCGAGCGCCACAAACCUCAUUCCCACACAUAGCACGCAACCGCCAAGCUGUCAGCUUUUUAUUGGCUGUUGAACUUUCUAACUGAUCUUUCAUUACAAUCUCCUCAAGCUCUCUCUCUGCUUCCAUCCCUCCGGCAAUGGGCUCUACAGCCACAACAGCAAUCUCCAGCGCCAAGUCCAUCAAUGCCCUUUCAACUUCAGCCAACAACACAAAAAUAACUAACUUAACUACCUCGACUCCAACUUGGUCUCAGACUAAAUCAAAAUUACCUGACUUUUAUGCCUCGAGCAGCUUUCUAAACCACUUAAAAUCCAAAAGUCCCCAGCUUAAGAACAAAAAUUCGAAACUUUUUCUUCUUCAUUGCUCCGCAAAGCCAAAUACUGACAGAAAAAAUGCAACAGAUGAUAAUUUGUCUCUUCGGUCCGGUUCAAAUUCAACAAUCCCAGAACAAGCAGCAGCAUCACCUACAAAUGAAGGGCUUUCAUCAUUUUCAAGGGGUUUGGUUUUUGAUUUGGGAUUGAAGGACUCGUGGGAUAGUGCUGAAAUUGGCUCCCCUGUUGUAAAAAGGUUCAUUGGUGAUGAGGAAGAGAGAUGGUACAUGUGGUACUGUGGAAGGUCAAAUGGGAAAGAUUCCAUUGGAUUGGCAGUUUCAAGUAAUGGGAUUCAUUGGGAAAGAGGUAACGGGCCUAUUAAAUCAAGUUCUGAUGUGGGGAUGGUCAUGAAUUGUAGUGAUGAUUGGUGGGCUUUUGAUACUCAAGGCAUUAGGCCUUCUGAGAUUGUCAUCAUGUCUAGUGCUAAGGUUAGAGUUAACAAUUCUCUUUAUUGGCUAUACUACACUGGCUUUAAUGAUGAAAAGAUUGAGCCUUUGGAUAAUUCUGUGGCGUUUAAGUUGAGUGAUCCGAAAAGGAUGUAUUAUAGGUCAUUGCCAGGUUUAGCAAUGAGUCAAGAUGGGAGGCAUUGGGCAAGAAUUGAGGGGGAGCAUCAUAGUGGAGCUCUAUUUGAUGUGGGGUCAGAUGGGGAGUGGGAUUCCCUGUUUAUUGCAUCUCCAAAAGUUGUUUAUCAUGGGGCUGGUGAUGUGAGGAUGUAUUACCAUUCUUUUGAUGCUGAAAAGGGACAUUUUGCAGUUGGGAUUGCCAGGUCAAGAGAUGGGAUCAAGUGGGUAAAACUGGGGAAGAUUAUGGGAGGAGGGGGAAAUGGUAUGUUUGAUGAACUAGGAGUAAUGAAUGCUCAUGUCGUUAAGAAUAGAAAAGAUGGGAAAUAUGUGAUGGCUUAUGAAGGUGUUGCUGCAGAUGGCAAGAGGAGUGUUGGAUUAGCUGUUUCUUCUGAUGGGCUGAAGGAGUGGAGGAAAUUUCAGGAUGGUCCUGCGCUAAAGCAAAGCGAAGAAGAUGGCUGGGAUUGGGAAGGGGUAGGAUCACCUUGUCUAGUUCAAAUGGACGGGGAUGCAGAUGAAUGGAGAUUGUACUAUAAAGGAACUGGCAAAGGGGGAAAGACGGGGAUUGGUUUAGCAGUGUCUGAAGGAAUUGAAUUUGCUAGUUUUCAGAGAUGGACAGGGUUUCACCUGUGACUUGUCAGGCAUUUUCUCCCCUGCUCUUCACCAUAUGAGGGGGUGAAAGAUGACCUUUGCCUUUGGUUCAAACAUGUACCUUACUUCAUUUGUAAAUCUGGUACUACAAGCUAAAGAGGAGCAGUCAGGCUCGUGGCAUCAGGUCCAAACUUACGCCUAUAGGCCUACAGAGGAUGGUAACCCAAAUCAGAUGAUGUUCGAAAUUGGUCCAAGCUCUGGCAAGUAGAACACGGCAGAAGCGAAUAACUUUUAUAGGCCAGACUUGUGAAUAAGUCACAUCUACCGCCGUAUUGAUUUUUAUUGGGCUUGCGAGGGGCCAAUUUUGGUUGUCAGAUAAACUCAUCAUCAUCCUGGCCCAGCCCUUGGAAAUGGCUCAAACUCAAAUCUAACAAUUUAGAUCUUCAA